CUUGUGCAGGAUAAAUACGGGACAGAGGCAGAGCUGUGCACCACAGUCUCCUUUUCUCCAAGGCAGGCAGAUCUCCCCUCUAACUCAGAAGCCGAAACAAUGUCUGUGAGAACCUACAGCGUGACGAACUCCGUCAGGGCUGCCCCUGUGACCUUCGGUUCCAUGCAAUAUAGUGGCCCUUCCUUUACUCGGCGGGCUGUUAGUUUGCAUGGGGUUCAAAGUGGACCGCGUGUCUCCAUGGCAUCCCACAACAUGGCUUUGAGGGGAGGUGCUGGUGCUGGUGGCUAUAGUUUUGGCAUGGCCGGAGGUGCAGGUGGAGGUGCAGGCGGAGGUGCAAGCUUUGGCAUGGGCGACAUGGACCUCCAUGUGGGAGCCAAUGAAAAAGCCACCAUGCAGAACCUGAAUGACCGCCUGGGCAACUACCUGGAAAAGGUGCGCUCUUUGGAGAAGGCCAACGCUGAGCUGGAGCUGAAGAUCCGCCAGUUCAUGGAGAGCAAGACCUCCCCCGCUGCCCGUGACUACUCAGCUUUCCAGGCCACCAUUGCUGACCUGCAGGGAAAGAUCCAGGAUGCCACCCGCGACAAUGGAGGCAUCUACCUGGCCAUUGACAAUGCAAAACUCGCUGCAGAUGACUUCAGAACCAAGUAUGAAAAUGAGCUGGCCAUGCGACAGUCAGUGGAGGCAGACAUCGCCGGUCUGAAGAGGCUGUUGGAUGAGCUGACACUGGCCAGGUCAGACCUGGAGAUGCAGAUUGAGGGUCUCAAGGAGGAGCUGAUCUACCUGAAAAAGAACCACGAGGAGGAAUUGGCAGCGCUGAGGAGCCAGAUGAGUGGCCAGAUCAAUGUGGAGGUGGAUGCAGCACCACAGCAGGACCUGAACAGAGUUCUUGCUGAAAUCCGUGAACAGUAUGAGGCUUUGGCCAACAAGAACCAGCGUGAGGUUGAGAACUGGUUCCAGACAAAGUCAGAGACACUGAGCAAGGAGGUGGCUGCCAGCACAGAAGGUAUCCAGACCUCUAAGUCAGAGAUCACUGAAAUCCGUCGCACCUUGCAAGGCCUGGAGAUCGAACUGCAGUCUCAGCUUAGCAUGAAAGCCUCCUUAGAAGGCACCUUGGCCGACACAGAGGCGCGGUACUCAAUGCAACUCCAAGGUCUCCAGAUGCAGGUAACCAACCUGGAGGAACAGCUGGUGCAGCUUCGCGCUGACAUGGAACGCCAGGGCCAGGAGUACAAGAUGCUGCUGGACAUCAAGACCCGGCUGGAGAUGGAAAUUGCUGAGUACAGGAGGCUGCUGGAUGGAGAAGCUAGCAGCCUCAGCAGCGGCAGCACCAGGAGCUCCAAGGUGGUCGUGGUCACAGAGGAAGUGGUGGAUGGCCAAGUGGUGUCCUCCACCACCGCCACCACCUAAUCAUCUAUCAAGCAGCAAACGGAACACAAGGGUGCGACACAAUCCUGUGGAACGCCGAAACAACAUCUGGAUCCAAUACUGUCAACACAUACACAUGUGAAUGCAAUAAAAAAGCACCCAAUUUGCUGAAUGCCA